GAAGAAGAUGAUGAUGAUGCUGAAGCUGAAGAUUCUCCGUGCUGAAGGAGAGUAAAUGUGUGACUUUCAUCUGUUUUAUUUCUUCAGUGAUUUCACAAGUUUUAUUUCCAGUGUUUAUUUUCGGCGGGAGAAUUGUAAAACUCCAGGAAACAAGUGAAAUCUGUGUGACACUGUUGUAAAGAUGUUUAUUAAAGAGGAGAGUGAAGAUAUGGCUUAUCCAGAAGCAUGCAGAAUUAAAACCGAACACACUGACGAACAAACAGAGGAAAAUCAAGAGCCAAUUGAAGUGAAAGAAGAAAGUCAAGAACUGAUUGAAUUGAAGGAGGAACAUCAGUAUCAGAAUCCUCAUCAUUUCAUAACUGGAGAAACAUCUGUGAGUUCCUCACAUACUGAGAAGAAUUCCCCACAAAACAAAACUCAAGCCAAAAAUUCCUUCCCAUGCCCGCACUGUGGAAACAGUUUUAAACAAAAACAAAAUCUUAACAAGCACAUGAGAAUUCACACUGGAGAGAAGCCUUUCAUGUGCCAUCAUUGUGGAAAGAGUUUCACACGGAAAGGAAGUCUUACCCAGCACACGAAAAUUCACACUGGAGAGAAACCUUUCACGUGUCUUCAGUGUGGUAAUAAAUUCACGCGGAAGGAAAAUCAUAACAAGCACAUGAAAAUUCACACUGCAGAGAAGCCUUUCACUUGCCGCCAGUGUGGAAAGAGUUUUAGUCGGAAAGAUGGUCUUAACAUGCACAUUAAAGUUCACACUGGAGAGAAGCCUUUCACAUGCCAUCAGUGUGGUAAUAGUUUCAUGUCUAAAGCAUACCUUAAAGUGCACAUGAGAACUCACACUGGAGAGAAGCCUUUCACUUGCCGUCAGUGUGGAAAAAGUUUUGCAAAUGGAGGAAACCUUUAUGCGCACAUGAAAAUUCACACUGGAGAGAAGCCUUUCACAUGCCAUCAGUGUGGAAAGAGUUUUAGUCGGAAAGAGGGUCUUAACCUGCACAUUAAAGUUCACACUGGAGAGAAGCCGUUCAUGUGCCUUCAGUGUGGUAAUAGUUUCAUGUCUAAAGCAUACCUUAAAGUGCACAUGAGAACUCACACUGGAGAGAAGCCUUUCACUUGCCGUCAGUGUGGAAAAUGUUUCGCGAAUGGAGGAAACUUUUAUGCGCACAUGAAAAUUCACACUGGAGAGAAGCCUUUCACGUGCCAUCAGUGUGGAGAGAGUUUUGUCAAGAGAGGAGGCCUUAAUGAUCACAUGAGAAUUCACACCUGAGAGAAGCCUUACACUUGGUUUCAGUGUGGAAAAAGUUUCAUUAAUAGAGGAAACUUUAAUGUGCACAUGAGAAAUCACACUGGAGAGAAACCUUAUAAAUGCCAUAAAUGUGGAAAUAGUUUCAGUUGGUCAAGCGCCCUAAAACACCAUGAGAGAUUGCCUCAUUUUAUGCCUGGAGUCAAGGGCGUAGUUUUUGUUUGAAUUUUGGGGGUCUGGGUUGUUUCGUUACAGCACAUUACACAGUGCAUAAUAAUUGUUUACAUUAGAUAAAUAGAAAUUGAUAUUCAUAGCAUACUUUAUACUUCUUCAAAUUCAUUAAUAGCAUACAAGUAUUUGUGUAUUGUGUAUCAUAUAAAACAUUCUUCCCAUUACAAAAUCUAAAUUCUUACGUGUUCAUAUGAAAUGUCUGACUGGCUACAAUCCCCAAUGUGAUAGCCAGAAAAAAACAACUAAUAAUUUCUUUGAACAGCUUUAACAUCUCCAUUGAACACAUGACUUGUAUUACACAUGCUAUAGACCAUUUCAAGAUGGUUUAAGGAAGUGAUAUCUUUUUGUUCCCUGAACAUUUCCUGCUAGUUGCCAAACUCAGACUGCAUUCCAAAUGGGAUAAAUCACCCUCCGAAGGGCACUUUGUAGGGAGAACAAUCAUGAUAGUCAUGCUGUAAGAUCGCUUCAAACUGAAUUUUCAAUAAAAAUGACUUUAAAAGUAAGUUCUGAAUGACCCUUAUUUUUGAGCCCCACACCUUUUAUUCUUUCAAAGCUCUCACAGUGAAUGGUAAAGUCUUCUAAGUGAAUAGGGCAUAGGGAUGAUCACUUCUGAAUGGAACACACGCUCAUUAAAAACAACAAUGGGAGGCGCUUCAUUCAUAGAGACUUUAACACAAUUACUAAGCUCCACAAGUUAUUUACUUCUACAUUUAGUCAUUUAGCAGACGCUUUUAUCCAGAAGGAAGAGACAAUAAAAGUAUUUUAUAAUUAAAAAGAAAUCCUUACCUUGUCUGCGGGUCAGCUAAAUUGUAGUAGAAAAUUUACGUGUCCUUUAAGGUAUUAAGGCAUAACUUUCUGUAAAGUUAUUUUUGGUACUACAAUAAAAAUAAAUUGACUUUUCAAUAGUUUUUGUUUUAUUUCUUGAACGACAUCUUUACAUGAUAAACUGU